UUGGACCUCUGAUACUAUGGUAUAUAUUAAAGCGUUUACUUAACCUGUAUUGAAAUCUGUUAUGGAGAAGUUUGUACAAUUUACCAAGACUCACUGGAAAAAACUGUCUGUUGUGUCAAUUCCAGUCCUAUAUGGGGUUACUUACAUUAGGAAUGAAUACCAAAUUUCAAGGCACAUGAGAUAUAUUUGUAAUGAAGUAAAACAAUAUUCGAUUCCAAAGGCUACUAAUAUUUUAGUAGUUUUGAACCCCGUUGCUAAUAAAAAGCGAUGUGAAAAAAUGUUUAAAAAAUAUUGUGAGCCUAUUUUGCAUAUGGCUGGAUAUUCAGUAGAAGUUAUUAAAACGAAACACAUAGGACAUGCUAAAUUGUUAAUGGAAACGCUACAUCAGUUGCCCGAUGUCGUAGUUGUUGCUGGAGGUGAUGGUACAUCAUCAGAAGUUGUAACUGGACUAUUAAGAAGAAAUGAAGAAGUGUGCCCCAUAUUAUUUUUGCCUUUAGGCGAAAAAAAUUGUACUGCUUCUAGCUUGGUACACAAUGAAUCACAAGGAAUGUUUGGCUCUGUUAAAUAUUUGUCGCAAUGUGUGCUUUCUUUAAUUCGAUGUCGUAUACAAUACCACCCUGUGAUUAAAUAUGAACUUAUUGAGACUGAUAAAUCUCACGAAAUCCGUAAACCAAUUUUUGGUUUAUUUGCAUUCUCGUGGGGUUUGUUAAAGGAUAUAGACAUUAAUAAAGAAAAGUACUGGUACUUUGGUGCAUUAAAACACCAUGUCUCCGUUUUAAUGACAUCUUUAAGCGAAAAAUUUAAUCAAAACAUUUCAGCAAAUCUCGUAACCACACCACCAUGUCCUGGAUGCAAUAAAUGUGAUAUACAGGUAAAAAAUAAAUCCUGGUUUAAUGCCUCUAAAAUAUUGAAUCCUGCAUUACCCACUCAACAACUAAAUCAAAUGCCGAAAAACAAAUUUUGUUCAAAAGAAGAAUCUUACAAAAUUGACGCCAAACAGAUUGACAUUACAUGCCAUAAAAACUCCGAUUCAUUUUUUGAAUUAAAUACAAAUGUCAUUGAAAAUAUAUCCUCUCGGUCGGACUUUUUAAGAAAUAUGAUAAAAGAAAUGAAAAUACAACCUUCAAUCUCUCUUGAAAGUCGUUCAAUUGAGUUAUUACCUAUUGGGUCUGAGCAUCAAACAUAUUAUAUAGAUGGUGAAGGCUAUGACGCCCGACACAUUAAAAUCACAUUUGUACCAAAUGCAUUAAAACUUGUUUUUUAAUUUUAAAUAAAUAUUUUAUAAUUUGAUGUAAAUGCGUAUUAUUAAAUAAAACAAUUUUCCAUCAAAUAAAGUAAAUAAAGCUCAACGGUUUGUAGUAAA